CAAAAACGAAAAACAUUCCACCCAAUACUGAUACAUUUCAAGAUCAAAAGAGCCACUCGCUCCUGAAGAAAUUGAUACACCACCAUGCGCAUGCCCGUCCCCUCUUACAGUACUUCGCCGCACCAUUCUUACAAUGCUCCACAACGAAAGCUGAACAGGUCUACCUUCUGCAAAGACAUAAAUCAGAGCAUUUGCAACAUUGAUCGCACUGCCAGUGAGAACAGCAUCAAUCCUCGCUUGCAAUUCGGUCCGCGAGUAACCUACAAUCCAAGCAAGUCUUCCACCAUCGAUCGCAGUGUCAGUGAGAACAAUAUCAGUCCUCGCGGACGUUUUGGUCCGCGAGUGACAUACAAGCCACGGAAGCCGGUUGAAGAAACAAGACCAGAAUGCUUACGAAUGUUUCAUGAAACCAUGCCGGAAACCAAAUACCUAGAUUCCGAAGAAGAAUGCAGGUUGGCUGCCUCCGUAUAUGGAUUCGGCGAAGCACUAGAAUCCGAGGAGUCGUCACCUGAGGAUGAAAAAAAAGAAAAGAAGAAGUCAUCAUCCAAGAAAUCAAAAAAGAAUGAUCGUGGGAACAAAGAAGGUAUCAAAAAAGAGAAAUCUGAUAAAUCGAAAAAGAAGUCAUCAUCCAAGAACAGCAAAAAGAAGGACGAUAGGAAAAGCAAAAGUGCCAAAAAGUCCUCUAGCAAGAAAUCGAAGAAGAAGGAUCGCAAGGACAGCGAAAAGCAAUAGAUGCUUAAUUUUUUUCUGACUCAUUGAUUAAGUGCGAGGACCACAUCCUCUUCCUCUGACAUACUGAAUUUUGCCAAUCCAUUCCACAGCAGUUCCUUGACCUAACUAGUAGACAAGCAUACUAAACACAAUGUUUGCACUACUAGUAUCUAUAUAAUCAAAAGGACGUUGUUGAUACCAAACCACAUCAAAGUACCACACAUAGCUCCCCAAUAUUUAAAUUUGAGUAGAAACAGAUCAGAAUAAUACUAUGUACAAAUG